CUAAUUAAUUGUUCUUAGUUAAUUGUUAAUUUGUGAACCAAUUUCGAUCUGAUUAUUGGUGUAACAUUAAUUAUGAUCUGAUGGUUAUUUAUGAGAAUUGGAUUUCGAUUUUGUUUUCCUUUUCUCUUCUUCUUUCAAAUGUUUCAUGUUUAUCUUUUUCUCUCUCUCUCUGAUGUUUUCUGAUUCCAUUUAAUUUUACCUUCAUUUGUUUUUCUCAUUCAAUUAUUAUUAUCUUUUCCAUCGUCAUCAUCAUCAAUUUGUUGGAAAAUUUAAUUAAUUAAAUAACCAUCGAUUGUUUAUUCAAUUGUUUAUCAUCCAGUUUAUUUCUUUCCUUAAUCAGGUUAAUUGGAUUUGUUUAAAUCUUGUGUUGAAUUUUUGUUCUUUUUGUGGAAUUUUUUUUUUCUUCUCUUUUCUCUUCUAAUUCUCAUCAUCUUCUCAAUUAUAACCAUGACCCUAUGGCCAUUAACUCUGGAAAUUAUUACCACAUUUCUUUUAUCUAGUCUUUUACUUUACCGAUAUGGUAAUUGGACGGAACAAUCAAUCGGUGUGACAAUUUCUGUUUUCAUUGCUUGGUUUUUUUCCUUCAUUGUGAUUUUUAUACUGCCUCUUGAUAUAAGCUCGACUGCUUAUCGACAAUGUUUACUUGAAGUAAACGCAACCAGAUCAACAACAACAACAACAACAACAACCACAACCACUACAACUACAACUACAACUGUCCCUCCGAUAACAACUUCACCUUUUAUAAAUGUAACUCAUCCAUCGCUUCAAAAUCUUACCACAUUGUCACCCAGUAACACCACAGGAAAUGGUACUGGUGGUGGUGAAGAUGAUGAGAAAAUAAUUGAGGAGAUAUGUGGUCAUCCAUGGAGCUAUGCUCAGAAAGAUGUUCUUUCCACCCUUUGGGGUUUAGUCUAUUGGUCAAUCCAAGCUCUUACAUGGGGAAUCUUACCAAUAAUGCAAAGCUAUUCAAUGGCUGGAGAUUUUACCAAAUUCGGUAAAAUAAAGUCCGCUUUUGUCGCUAAUGCCAUUUACUAUGGUUCCUUUGCCAUCAUCUUUUUCUUCAUUCUUAUCUAUGUUGCUCUGCGAACUUCAUUGGGUUGGGCUGAACUUAAAGUGAUCUGUACAACAGCGUCAAAUACUUGGGGGUUAUUUCUAUUGGUUGUGCUUCUUGGUUAUGGUCUGGUUGAGAUUCCUCGAAGUUGUUUUAACACCUCACUUCAUGGACGAACGCAAACUUAUGUCUAUUUUAGAGUUGCCAAGUUGAGUGUGGAAAAAAUUGAAGCCGAUGAAAGAUUGGAAGAUGUUCUAGAUGAAAUUAAUUGUGCCUAUCAGGCAAUUUCUCCCAAUAAUACUCGAUUCCGUUUAUUUAUUAAUGAAAUUUUGGACAAAUGUCCAAACGAGUGGAGAAACAAUUUACUCUCUCGAUAUCAGAAUCUUGAUCGUACCUCAUCAGCGGCAAUACGAUCUUCAAGUGGAGUUGUUUACACAGAGAAAUCUCUCAUUCGGAUGAAUCAACAAAUUAAAAAAGCCGUUCAAGAUCAUCAUCGAGUUCAUUGUCAGUGGGACAAUUUAAUCAACAAAGCCAUCGAUUGGGAGGAUGUGUCACGUAAUCAACUGAGCCAAAGUCAAACAUUCAAAUCUACCCUGAAAAGAAAUCCACCCGAAUCAUCAUUAAUCCGAUUCUUUUACCAAAACAUUUACUCACCUCGAAUCGAAUGGUACUGGAAAUGUGCCGUUCGAGGUCCAUUAUUCCGGUGUUUAGCUUAUGUGACCGGAGCUUUAUCACUGAUGGUCAUUUGGUCUGAAAUGACCUUCUCAAUUCAUCAUCCACCUUUAAGCAUAUUCGCUAGUAUAUUUAUUUCUCUUAAAUCGAAUCAUAAUUAUUUCUUUAUUGAGUUCAUCUCAAUCAUGUCCAUCGCGUACCUUUGUGUGUGUACAUAUUAUACGGUGUUUAAAAUAAGAAUAUUUAAUUACUACUAUUUAGCUCCUCAUCAUCAAACUGAUGAAUAUUCCCUCAUCUUUUCCGGAAUGUUAUUAUGUCGAUUAACUCCUCCACUUUGUCUAAAUAUUCUUGGCCUGAUUAAUCUCGAUUCUCAUAUAACCAAAACCGCUGAUCAGGAAGAAGCUUCUUUCACUAAGGUCAUGGGUCACAUGGACGUAGUUCCACUUAUUCGUGAUGGUUUUAACAUUUAUCUUCCAAUUGUUAUGUGUAUCUUUUGUUUGGCUACGGUUUUACAAUUUGGUUCACGAUUACUUCAUUUCAUGGGUAUUGAACAAUUUAUCAUGGACGAUGAGACAACCUCUGAACUUAUCAGAGAGGGUAAAGAAUUGGUUACUCGGGAAAAGAAUAAAAAAAUUCGAUUAGAAGAAGGAAGUAAUUUAAAUCGAGAAAGACGCGGAUUAACUGGAUAUUCAUCUACUCGAUCAACUAAUCAAACACAAUCAGGAUUUAAUGUAGAACCCGAUGAACCAACAGUUCGAACCAAUCGAUCUCAAGGUGAAUAUCGUGACACUGGUAAGACGGAAUUACUUAAUGACGUUGAACCAAUCGACUAUUCGAGUAUAUCAUCAACACCGAAAGAUUUAUAUCAUCGAUCUUUCGAACCUCGUCAACCUCCGACUAAUCUAUUCGAUGAUGUUAAUAACAAAAGAAAUUCGUUUUUAAUCAAUCUCACAAUCGACAUCAUGACAUUACCAACAACCGUUAAUCUUGUUAAUCACAAUUUAUCACCAACACCUCGUAAUCGUAGACUGUUAAUCUUAAUCAAUCCUUUCAGUGGUUCUGGUAAAGCUCCGGGUAAAUUCAGGAAAAAAGUGCAACCCCUUCUUGAAGAAGCAGAUAUUACCCAUCAGGUGAUCACAACCAAUUACAAAAACGGUGCUCUCGACCUGAUCAGAGAUCUAACCGAUAUCUACCAUUGGGAUGGUAUUGUCGUUGUCUCCGGCGAUGGCCUCUUAUUUGAAGUUUUUAAUGGACUAAUGUCACGAGAUGAUUGGCAGAAAGCGAUUCAAAUACCUGUUGGUAUAAUUCCUGCUGGCUCAGGGAAUGGAUUAUCAGCUACUCUUGAAUAUAAGACAAGUCCAAACAACUCGAUUGAUCCGAUAAUCUCUGGAACCUUAAAUGUUAUCGUUGGAAAACCAUGUCCACUUGAUCUGGUUGAAGUCGCGAUGCCAAGGCAAAAGAUUUACUCAUUUCUCUCAGUGGGCUGGGGAUUAAUUGCCGAUAUUGACAUCGAAUCGGAAGGACUUCGAUUCAUUGGUGUCCGUUUUGUUUUAUGGUCAAUCUACCGUAGUAUUGUUCCGAAAACUUAUCGUGGUAGAUUAAGUUAUUUACCGAUUGAUAGUAAAAAGUUAAUCAGCCUUAACCAGAAGCACAAUUCAUCGGAUAACAUUAAAAUCGAGGUGAACACCAAUCAAGGCGGUGAUGUAACUGAUUCAUCAACAAUCCAACGUUCAUUCAAUCCUUCAUCAAAUGGAAACUCAUCUUCAAUUGAAGAUACUCUUCAAGAUAUUUCUGAUAAUGAUGAUGAUGAUGGUGGGGAUGAUGUUCGUUCAUCUCCAUCUCCUAAUCAAGAUUAUUAUAUUCCACCCUUAUGGGAAGAUGUACCCUCCAAUUGGGUAACAAUUGAAGAUGAUUUUAUAAUGGUACAAUCAUCUAGUCAAUCUCACCUUUCACCUACUGUUCAUUUUGCACCAGAAUCUGAAUUAGCCGAUGGUGUUAUCUGGUUAGCAUAUUUAACCAGUAAAGUAUCAAUUAAAAAUCUUCUUCGUUUCCUUUCAUCUCUUGAAACCGCUCGUCACAUUGACCUACCCUACCUUAAAUGGAUACCCGUUCGUGCUUAUCGAUUAGAACCUUUAACACCCAAUGGAAUCAUUUCAAUCGAUGGUGAAUCUUUCAAUGCUGAACCUUGUCAAGUUCAAGUGCUUCCAUCAAUGGGGAAAAUUUUCAAACGUGAUGAUAUGAACCAGAUACCUUGAUCCAUACGAAUGUAAUAAUAAUCAUCAUCAUCAUCAUUUGAGAGAGAGAGAGAGAGGGAAACUCCUAUUUAUAUAUGAAUAGGGAGACGAUGAUUAUUGGAGAAGGGAAAAGAAGACACAAAAAUAUAAGUGAGAAUCACAAUGAUGAUUAAUUUAAUCAUCAAAAUUAACUAAACACAAAAUCGAAAGGAAAAUGAAUGAUAAUGGAAACUUCAAAAAAAUAUUAUCAAACUUGUCUCGCCCUUACCUGCCCAAUUAUAUAAAUACACACAAAGAUUAUUGUGUGUUAUUAUAUUUCCAUCUUCCCAUCAUCAUCUUCUCAUUGCUCUCUCUCUCUCUCUCUCUCUCUCUCUCUCUACCUUGUAAAAAUUUUCUUCCUUUUUUAUAUUUCUCAAGACUUUUGCCAUGUUUGGAUUCACAAGGAAAAAUUCAUGAUGAAAUCAAUGAAGCGCUGAAUUGUCUUACAUGAUGAAAGGAACAUUGGAAAGGAUUAUUACCAUGAAAUUUGAAUGAUGAUGAAAAAAUUGCAUUUUACUCAACAACAAUCAACAAUAACAUCUAAACAAUCACGUAACAAUUAACGCUGAGAAACAACAACAAUUACAUGACAUGGUUUUCUCUCUGGACUUUUUUUUCUUGCUCUAAACUUAUAACAAUGAACAACAACAACAACAACAUAAUUAAUUUAUUACGUUGUUUCAAUUUUGAUUCACAAGCAAGUUUUUCCUUUCUCAACAACAACAACAAUUAUCCUCACAAUCAACUUAAUCAUCUCUUUAAACAUGUAUCAUAAUAUAAAGAUAAUUGAUCAUUCAAUUGAUGCCUGAUUAUCAUUUUACAUUAUCAAACUUACUCUGAGUAUCAUUGAAGGUAAAAUGAUGAAAGUUGAAUCAAGAAUUUGAUUGUUGUCUUUUUUUUAACGAAAAUCAACUAAUUAACAAUUUAUGUAAACUUCCAACUACUACAAUUUAGUUGAUCAACUUGUUUCUCUUUUUUAGAACUCAAAUUUGCAACCAUUGAUUAACUAAUUGUAAUAAAAAUAAUCAUCAUUCCAAUGAGAACCUUUUUUUUUACUUAAACAAUUAAAACUCAAUAAACAAUAGAAUCACUUGAUUAGCAA